AUGGCCUCGACUCCACAGACUCUCUGGGAUCUUCCCUUGAAGAUAUUCGGCUCUCUAGCCGCCAUUGGGUUUCUCAUCCUCCUUAUCAUCCUGGUCUCUCUUGUAAUCUCUCAGAAUGCCUCGCUCCCCAAAGUCCGUCGGAGAGGCACCCCUGUCCACCUCCUUGUCGUGCUAGGUAGCGGUGGACACACAGCUGAAAUGUUGGCAAUUUUGGAGAACAACUUUGACUAUUCCAUCUACACCUACCGCACCUACGUUGUGAGCUCUGGCGAUGACCUUAGCACUCAAAAGGCCGUCGAGUUUGAAGACACAAUUGCGCAACAGAAGGACAGCAAGGAACUGACCGAGAACUAUGCCAUCGUCACCAUUCCACGGGCACGACGGGUGCAUCAAUCAUACUUGACGGCGCCAUUCUCGACACUCCACUGCUUCUGGACCUGUCUUCUCGUUCUACUAGGACGACACCCCAACCAGCGUCCACUCCCUACGCAGUACACUUCCAAACACCCCGAUAUUAUCAUCUCCAACGGUCCCGCUGUAGCUGUGUGUAUGAUACUCGCCGCGAAGUUCAUCCGAUUCUUCAUUUAUUGUUUCCGUUGGGCUUCUGGCCGGGGCUCUAAGCCCGAGAUAUCAAGGCUCCGGACCGUUUACGUGGAAUCGUGGGCUCGCGUUCGGACACUAAGCGUUUCUGGACGGAUACUUCUCCCCAUUGCCGACAAGUUCCUUGUUCAAUGGCUUCCUUUGGCUGGACGGCGAGCUUGGUGGGGUAUGAAGGAAUCGGAAUACUGUGGCUGGGUAGUACUUUGA